UCAACCCUUCUUUCCUAAACACACAACCAGUCAACUUCGAAGUCGUUUUUUUGUGUCUAUAUAUUGAGUGUUAGUCCCCUCACACCUCUACUAACUCCAUACACAGAGAGAUAGAGAGAGAUGGUGGUUGCCGGACCAGUUAACGGUGGGUUGGCAAACAUGAAGAGCUUCCCCCUUCAUCUCCUCAAUGGGCGGUGGUUCAUGAUUUUCGCCUCAUUUCUCAUCAUGUCCGCCGCCGGAGCAACCUACAUGUUCAGUCUCUACUCCGGCGACAUCAAAUCGGUGUUGGGGUACGACCAAAGCACCCUCAACCUGCUCAGCUUCUUCAAGGACUUGGGCGCCAACGUUGGCGUCCUCUCCGGCCUAAUCAACGAGGUCACGCCGCCGUGGGUGGUGCUAUCAAUUGGAGCAGUCCUCAACUUUUUCGGCUACUUCAUGAUGUGGCUGGCUGUGACCAAGAGAAUUGCGAGGCCCCAAGUUUGGCACAUGUGCUUGUACAUUUGCAUUGGGGCGAACUCGCAGUCUUUUGCCAACACCGGCUCACUUGUUCCCUGCGUAAAAAACUUCCCCGAAAGUCGCGGCGUUGUGUUGGGGAUUCUGAAGGGAUAUGUGGGGCUUAGCGGCGCUAUAAUCACGCAAUUGUAUCAUGCUCUCUAUGCUGAUGACGCAAAGUCCCUGAUUUUGCUAAUUGGGUGGCUACCGGCGGUGAUAUCUUUAACUUUUCUCCGAACUAUUCGGUACAUGAAGGUCAUUCGGCAGCGGAACGAGCUCAAAGUUUUCUACAAUUUCCUCUAUAUUUCACUUGGGCUUGCUGGGUUUUUGAUGGUUAUGAUUAUAGUACAAAAUAAGGCGGAGUUCACUCAGGGUGAGUACGGUGGGAGCGCCGCCGCGGUGGCUAUCUUGCUCUUUCUCCCGCUUGGUGUUGUUAUUGUGGAAGAGUACAAACUUUGGAAGAGCAAGAAUCUAGAGCUGAUUUCUCCAGCUCCGGCGCCACCCUUGAAAAUAAUCACUGAAGCAGCACCAUCUCUACCAGCACCAAAUUCAGUCACGGAAACGAGCAGAGAAUUAAAGCAACCUUCUUGCUGGAAAACCGCCUUCAGCCCACCGGACAGAGGAGAUGACUACACCAUACUCCAAGCACUUUUCAGCUUGGACAUGGACAUGUUGAUUCUUUUCAUGUCAGCAAUUUGUGGUGUUGGGGGAACUUUAACCGCCAUAGACAACCUGGGACAGAUUGGAUCUUCCUAUGGAUACCCAAAGAAAAGUGUGAGCACAUUUGUGUCUCUUGUAAGCAUUUGGAAUUAUCUAGGAAGGGUAGUGUCGGGAUUUGCCUCGGAAAUUGUACUUAAAAAGUACAAAUUCCCUCGCCCCCUCAUCCUCACUCUCACCCUCCUAUUAUCGUGCGCCGGCCAUCUCCUCAUCGCGUUUAACGUCCCCAACGGACUUUAUGUCGCGUCGGUUAUUAUCGGAUUUUGUUUCGGCGCACAAUGGCCGUUACUCUUUGCAAUAAUUUCGGAGCUUUUCGGCCUAAAGUACUACUCCACUUUGUACAAUUUCGGGUCCGUGGCCAGCCCUAUUGGCCUUUAUUUGCUCAACGUGAAGGUCACUGGAAAUUUAUAUGAUAAAGAGGCUGAGAAGCAAAUGGCGGCGUUGGGGCUCAAAAGGGAGGAUGGGAAGUCGUUGAAUUGUGUUGGGGGAGAUUGCUUCAGAUUGUCUUUCAUUAUAAUUACUGCGGUGACAUUGUUUGGCGCACUUUUUUCCAUCAUUUUGGUGCUCCGGACAAGGAAGUUCUAUAAGAGUGACAUUUAUGAGAAGUUCCGGGAGCAGGCUAAGGAGGCCGAGACGGAGAUGGCGGCGGCCGGAAAUGGCGUCGGACUGUCGGAUGCCAAAGGUGGCUAGAGUUGGCAAUAUUGAGGAUAGGGUUGAGAGAAAGCAAACGAAAUUGCAAGAUAGAUUUAUAGGUAGAAAUGACACUGUAAAAUGAGAUAACGAAGUGGACACACAUAUUUGACCAGUAAAGAAAAUAUCGUAUAAUAGAGGAAUUUUCUUUGGGUUUGUUGUUA